AUGGAACAGGACAACAAGACAUGGGUUCAUGAAUUCAUCCUCCUUGGCCUGUCCAGAGACCGGGUCACUCAAGUCUCCCUCUUCAUCCUGUUCUUGCUGAUGUACCUGGUGACAGUGCUGGGGAACCUCCUCAUCAUUCUUCUGAUCAGACUGGACAGCCGGCUCCACACCCCCAUGUAUUUCUUUCUCACGAACCUGUCACUCGUGGAUGUGUCUUACGCCACAAGUGUAGUCCCCCAGCUGCUGGCCCAUUUUCUAGCCGCACACAAAGCAAUUCCAUUUCUGAGCUGUGCGGCACAGUUGUUUUUCUCUCUGGGCUUGGGAGGGAUUGAGUUCCUUCUCCUGGCCGUGAUGGCCUAUGACCGCUAUGUGGCAGUGUGUGACCCUCUGAGGUACUCAGUCAUUAUGCAUGCAGGGCUCUGCCUGAGGCUGGUCAUCAUGUCUUGGGUCAGUGGCUCCAUCAACUCUCUUGUGCAUACCGCCAUCACCUUUCAGCUGCCUAUGUGCGCAAAUAAGUACAUUGAUCACAUUUCCUGCGAGAUUCUAGCUGUGGUCAGGUUGGCAUGUGUGGACACCUCCUCCAAUGAGAUCGUGAUCAUGGUGUCUAGCAUUGUCUUGCUGAUGACGCCUUUCUUCCUGGUUCUCCUGUCCUACAUCCAGAUCAUCUCCACCAUCCUGAGGAUACAGUCCACGGAAGGAAGGAGGAAAGCCUUCCACACCUGUGCCUCCCACCUCACUGUGGUAACACUCUGCUAUGGUACCACCAUUUUCACCUACAUCCAGCCCCACUCCAACCCGUCCGUCCUUCAGGAGAAGUUAAUUUCCCUUUUUUAUGCUGUGUUGAUGCCCAUGCUGAACCCUAUGAUUUAUAGUCUAAGGAAUAAGGAGGUAAAGGGGGCUUGGCAGAAACUGUUAGGGAGAUUCUCUGGGUUCACGUCAAAAUUGACAAGCUGACGAUUCCCGAGCUUCGGUAGAGAAGGAGGCUUUUCUUCGAUGUUCUCCUCCCAACUCAGAUGGUACAGGUAUUGCCAUGGCAACAAGGAAGGCUCAAAGGAACAU